GUUGUAUUGUGCACUGCUUGCUUCUGGCAUCCGUGCAUAUAUACAACCUUCGUUUAGUAAUAUAGAUUAUGCUGGGACAGGAAUAUGGCAUACUGUCCUUUUACGUGUUAUGUGCUAAAGAUGUUUUAAGGGUAAAUCUGUUUUUAUAGAUGCUGACUUUGGAGUAGACCUAGAGAUUGGGUAUUGUCUUGUAAUGUAGACAGCGGUGCAAGUGAAUAUUUCCUAUCAAAGAAAAGCUCACAGUGUCGAGUCCAUUUAAUUGUGGAGGUAGCAAAAGCAUCAAGUUAUCCACUUGUCAUUUUACCAGUUUAGAGUUGACAGGGACCUGGGGCCCAUGCCAUUGACAUUGGGUGUAAGGCAGGAUUUAUCCAUGGAUCAGAUGUUUAUCCAUUUUGGGCCUAGCCAAUUUAGCAUCAUCAUUUAACCUAAUAUGCAUGUAAUUGGGAUGCGGGAGGAAAACUGGAUAUGUGGAAAAAGUACAAACUUGACACCGUCCACUCUGAGUCCAGCAUUUAAAUCCAAGACUCGGCAGCACUAUCCUCUGCCCUGUGAACAGGGCACUGACUGAAAGUUGUUUAGAAAAUGAAAACCGUGCAGUCAAUGUGGACUGUUGGAUUUCUUUUUUUUCUACCCUUGUGGUACUUCGCUAUACAGGUUUGGGCACAAGCUGUCUUGCAAUUGAUAGAGAUGAAGUUGGCAGGGAGAGGACUUCUUUAGUAUUCAGUAUAAUAAGCAGCAGUGCUGACCAGUAAUAAUAAGCCAAGCCAACUAAUUUGAAUGUGUUGGUCAAACCUUCAGAAUUUUGUUGUAACAGCAGAUUCACUUGUGCUUGCUGCUGUAACAGAACUAUCAUUAAGGUUGUGUCAGCGUUGUUGCUAAAGGUCAAGUUAGACACUUUUUAGAAACAUUUUGUAGCCCUUUUUGUAAAGUCGGGUACUUUUUUUUUUGUAAUUUGUUAAAUAUUUAAAAAAAGGUAGUUUAUUUCCUGCAUGGAAUUGCCUGUUGUAUAGCUUGAUAUUAUCCGUGUUUCUGUACUGCUUUGCGUUUUCUAAUCUGCUUUAUCCCCCCUUUGCCAACUUCAUUGCUUCUUUUAUAACAGGUAUUAAAGUUUAUUCAUCCCUAGAGCCUGUUCAUGUCACUUUUGCAAAGAUUAAAAUAAAGUACGGUAAAAGAGGAAAAAAAAAAGGAAAUGUGAAACCUAAGUACACACAGAAAAAGUCUCCUAAACCAAAUGUGCACAUUAGUAAAUGUAACAGCAGGGACAGCCUGCCAUGUUAUCAGUUGACAAAUGAAGGCUGGCUGCCUCUCUCUCUGUUUGCUCUGGGUCAGUGCACUAGUACUUUACUCUAGGGGAAGGUAAAUAUUUGGGUGGCAACUUAGGGAUUCUGAAUUAGGACACUGAAUGCUCCACCUCCCUUCUCUCUUUUUCUCGCACGCGUUUUUUACUCACCUGCUGUCUGUCCUCUCCGCCACAUUUUAUUCUUAGAUUCACUGGAAGCCGUCACAAUUCUGUGCUGCAAAGACGGCCCCGGGAUGUCACCUGCCGGGGAAACUGGGGAUAGAGGCAGGGAUGAAAGUUUUUGGGAGCCAGGGAAUUAUAAAAGCACCGUGAAGAGAACAGAUGAUGGGUACAGACUGUGCAAUGAGUUGGUUGCCUGCUUCCAAGAACGUGCCAGAAUUGAAAAGAAGUAUGCUCAACAGCUAAGUGAAUGGUCUAAUAAAUGGCGGACUGCCAUAGGAAAAGGGCCACAGUAUGGCACACUGGAGAAGGCUUGGCAUGCCUUCAUGAAUGCUGCUGACCAUUUGAGUGACAUCCAUAUGAAACUCAAAAACAACCUGUUGUUGGAAGAUACAGAGAAGGUGCGGAACUGGCAGAAGGAAACCUACCAUAAGCAGCUCAUUGGUGGGUUCAGAGAGACAAAGGAAUUUGAAGAUGGAUUCCGUAAGGCUCAAAAACCAUGGAUCAGACGGCUAAAAGAAGUUGAGUUGGCCAAAAAAAGUUAUAAUCAGGCCCGUAAAGAAGAGCAUUCAUCAACAACCAGAGAGGCUCAUGCUAGGUCAGAUCCUUCCAUUUCCCAGGAGCAAGUAUCCAAACUGCAGGAUCGAGCUGAGAAGUGCAAGGAGGAGUCUGAGAAGAAUAAGGAGCGUUACGUGAAGUCCCUUGAUGAAUUAAACAGGUACAACCCACGUUACAUAGAGGAUAUGGAGCAGGUGUUUGAGAAUGCACAAGAGGCUGAGAAGCGUCGACUUAGGUUCUUUAAAGAAGUCUUUCUGGACAUCCACAGCCAUCUAGACCUCUCCAGUAAAGACAAUUUUCGUGUCGUGUUUCGUGAUCUUUAUCAGAGCAUCUUGACAGCAAGUGAUCAGGAAGACCUGAAGUGGUGGAGGAACACCCAUGGGCCUGGGAUGAAUAUGAAUUGGCCACAAUUUGAGGAAUGGUCACUUGAAGCAAGCCAAAUGAUCAGCCGGAAGGAGAGGAACAGCAGGGCUGAGGAUGUUGUAACCUUGACCAAUAUUGUGUCUGCGGCAGAAACUCCACCUACAUUUAACAGGACUCAACAAGCUUGUGCUGUUGGCUUAUCUAACAGCUUCACAGAUGCUCAGGAGAUUACAAGUGUAAGAGAAUACUCUUCAGACUGGUCUGAUGAAGAAAGCCCAAAGAAGUACAUCAACACAAAUGGCUUGCAUGGAGAGGAAGAUAAAAAAGAUGAGGAAAAGGAAGAGGUUGAACAGAGAGUGAAAGCACUAUAUGAUUACACAGGGCAGGAAGCAGAUGAGCUCAGCUUUAAAGCAGGAGAAGAGUUAAUGAAGAUUGGAGAGGAGGACGAACAGGGCUGGUGCAAAGGUCGUCUCUUGAGUGGACAAGUUGGACUUUAUCCUGCUAAUUAUGUAGAGGUCAUAGCGUUGUGACCACACAGUGCUUGAAAAGUUGUUGCAGAGGCCAUCCCUUGUUAAUGAAGGCAACAGGGAAAAAGAAGCAUGGUGCCUUCUAGGAGACUUGUACAGCCUCUCAGACUCUAAACUUGCCAGGCCUGGGGUGUGUCAUUUUUGCUAAGCAGCUGAGGCUUCAGGUCAUUCUCGAUUCACUGGGGUUAUUUUAAUACAUUGGUGUAAAUAUUAAAAAGGUUCUGAGGCAGUGAGGAUGAAAUGUUUUUUUAAGUUCUUGUGUUUCAAGUCUGCACUGUUUACCUAUGGCACCUCCUCACAGCACUUGGGGAAUUCAACCCUUUUUCAAUGUUUGUCUUAAGUUUCAUUUAAUAAAACUAACUGGUAUUAAAAUUC